GGAUUCCCUCAAAUCAUAUAACACACUCAAGCAGGCAAGCAAGCUCAUUCAUUUGAGAGAAACAUGGCCAACACAAUCCUAAAGCUCACAACAAUAAUUCUCUCUCUUCUUAUCUCCCUAGCCCUGAACAAUUCCCACUUUGUCUCUUCAACCGAUGAUCUCAACCAUGAUGAUCAAAUAGAAGACGAAGAGGAAGCUGAAGAGUAUGUUCUUGACACCCCAUUACCCCAUCUUGGACCAAGAAGCAGGUUCUUGGCGAGCGUUAUAAAGAAAGGAACACACUGCGAUCGCGAGACUAACAACAUUUGCAACGGGGUUCCCGCGAACAAGGGAAGGGACAUGCUUUUCUGCUGCAAGAAGCACUGCCGUAAUGUUCUCAGCGACAAGAACAAUUGCGGAGUGUGUGGCAACAAGUGCAAGCAUGGAGAGCGGUGUUGUGGUGGAGUUUGCACCAACGUUUUGUCUAAUGUGCAUCAUUGUGGUAAGUGCAAAAAGGAGUGUUCGCCUGGGGAUUUAUGUGGGAAUGGGUUUUGUGGGUAUGCAUGAUGAUCACAUCACACAAGGUUACUAAAAGGUAGGGAUACUUAAUCUAAAGUUCGGAUGCGGAUCAAAGAGCAUUUAUAUGAACUUAUUUAGUGUUCUUUUUAAAUGAGUGCUUUUAGGUACGUAACUAAACUUGCUUAUAGUAGUUUUGAUAUAUGAUCUUCUAUUCCUGGAUGUUGCAUGCAUCCAAUAUUAUUGGUGGUGAUUGGAAUUAUUUAUAAAGGGAAAUUGUAAUGUAUCAGGAAUUUAGUAGUGAAUCAGUAUACACUAUCACCUGCUGAGUUCGAUUUUUAUGGAACACAACUUGUAGUUCCAUAGAUGAUUUAUUUUAUAGAUGAUUUGAUUGAAAGUGAAGGAAAACAAUAAAUGAGAGUGAGA